UGCAGCUUGUCAGCUACAUCUUUUUUUGACAACACUUACAGCUGCUUUUCCUUUGUCUUUCUGCUUUUAAUGUUCCUUCCUCUUACUUCCUGCCAUUUCCUUCUCACCUUCCUGACCAAGCCUUUACUCUAACGUGCUACUAAUCCUCUUUUUGACUGUUUCUCAGAAGCUUUCUAUUCAAUCUAUUUCCUGCCUCCCUUCUCUCCGUGGCUCCUAUCUUUUGGAUGGAUAGCUACUCCCUCCUCUACAGUUCCUCCCAAAGAACCGGACUUCUCUCUGGUUUCCAGCGUCUGCGCUCGCAGAGAAAGAUGUGUGAUGUCGUUCUAGAGGCCGGCGGUGUAUCGUUCCCUUGUCAUCGCGCCCUUUUGGCCAGCUCGAGCGAAUAUUUUUGGGCUCUGUUUGGAGAGACUACUUCAGAGCGAUUAGCGAGCUCCAUUAGCCUCCCAGCGCUAACGUCUCAGGGUUUAGACACCAUUCUAGACUUCCUUUACUCCAGCUGGCUCAGCGUAUCACCAUCUACACUUCCUGCCGUCUUGGAGGCAGCCAGGUACUUGCAGGUGGAGCCGGCCGUGUCAAUAUGCGAGCGCUUUAUUACUGAUGGUUUAAGCGCUGAGAAUUGCUGUUGCUAUGCUAACCUGGCCGAGCAUCACGCCCUCUCAGAUGCACUUGAAGCUGCCAAUCAAACCAUCGCUAUGGAGAUGGGGACAUUGCUGCGGGAAAGCAGGGAUGAUCUUCUAAGUCUGAACAUCCAAUCAUUGAUGGCGAUCCUCGACGCUGACGAGAUACCUGGUGUCCAAGAGGUGGAUCUCAUAAGGCUGGCUCUGGAUUGGCUGAAUGAGAAUGGGCCUCUUCCCCUGCUGAAAUCAAAUCUUCUGCUGAGUCGUCUGCGCUUCGGAUUGGUCGCCCCCUCUGACCUCACCAAACUCAGCCUCGCCCACAGAGCCAUGGCCACACCUUUAAUCAGAAGUCAGCUGACUCGGGCAAUGGAGUACCACAGGCUGGGUUCAACUCAGCCCAUCAGACAGACCAGACAGUCAACACUUAGAGCGUCGCCCAAUCGUGUGCUGCUUGUGGGUGGAGGAUCCAGCCCUGAUUGGCCAGAACAGCAGAUCCUGGCGUUUGAUCCCAGAAGCAGGAAGUUUUCAUCUCUGAGCUCCAGUCUCCCUCUGCGGCUGAGGAAUCACUGUGUGUGCUCGGUGGGAGGUUUUCUCUUCGUGAUUGGCGGAGAGGAAGUGAAAGAAGGAGACGAGGAUGGGAAAAAGUCUGUCACAAUGGCAACAUCCAACCAGGUGUGGCGCUACGAUCCUCGUUUUGACCGCUGGGAGAAGGUGGAGUCCAUGCUGGAGAUGCGGACGCAGUUCACCUGCUGUGUGGUUGAGGAGGUCAUUUAUGCCAUCGGGGGACAACACACACUACCAGACACCAACGCACACACCUCCCUAGCUUCUGUUGAGUUUUAUGACAUGGCCACUGGAGCAUGGAGGAGAGGAGCAGCGAUGCCUCGCCCCUUAUGUGGCCACGCUUCCACUGUGCUCGACAAUUGCAUCUAUGUGUCCGGCGGUCUACCGAGCAAUCACAGCAGCAUCCAUGGCAGUAACCACGGUGAUAACCCGGAUGAGCACAGAGAAAGCAGCAGAGACGUCCUGUUCUGGGACACCAAAGGCAGAGUCUGGGAGAGGCGAGCGUCCAUGUCCAUCGCCAGGUUCGGUCACCGCCUUGCAACUGUCCACGGCCACAUCUACGCGCUGCUGGGAAGGUACGAGCCUUUCUGCGAUAUCGAACAAUACGAUUCGCAAUCAGACCACUGGACCCGCCUUCGACCACUUCUCAUUGGCUCCUUCAACUAUGGGAUGGUGUCAAUGCCUUGUGGGAAUCUGCUGGUAUUUGGAGGGAGAAGAUGGAGCGACGGACAGGAGGUGAUAGUGAGGAGUGUGUUGGAGUAUGAUACAAAGAAAGAUCGCUGGAGAGAGAUCUGUCAGCUGCCCAGACCUCUCACUGGGACUGAGUGCACACUGCUGCCCCUGCCAGACUAAAGUGCACAGGUCAUAAGACAUUUUUAACAUGAAAGUGAGACAGUUUCACUUAUAGGUGCAACAUAGUCUCAAAAUGACAGAGCACAUGUUAAAAUGAUGGUGGGAUUAUAUCAUGAAUUGUACUAAUUGUUUUAAUGUGUUUGUCAUAUAAAAGAGGUUACUCAACAGUUUAGUUCAGGGAAACAAACUAUUGGGUUUCAGCCUCG